GAAUUUCGUCCCGCUCACGUCAACCUUUGGAACCGUCGCAGGCAUCCGAAUUCUCAAAGAUCUUUGCUUGCCGCAGGCUCUUCCUGCAUCCGGUCAUCAAAUUCAGCAAACGGCAACCCAAUGACUUGUGCGAGAUAUUGCUAAACUUCCUUAUGGUAUAUAUUCCUCCUGCGAAUCCGGCUAUUACCAUCGAUAUAACGCUCGAAAAUGUCAACAACUCCUGCUCCGCCUGAGGACCAGGCAAGAUUAUUGGAAGAUGCCUUGAUUGCCGUGCGCCAGCAGACUGCGCUCAUGCGCAAAUGUCUCGACACUCCUGGAAAGCUUAUGGAUGCUCUUAAAUGCUGCUCUACCCUAGUCGCCGAGCUGCGGACAAGCAGCCUGGGUCCAAAGCAAUACUACGAAUUAUACAUGGCUGUAUUCGAUGCCAUGCGCUACCUUUCGAUGCAUCUUCGGGAGAACCACCCUACCAACCAUCUCGCCGACCUCUAUGAACUUGUCCAAUACGCUGGCAACAUUAUUCCGCGUCUGUAUCUGAUGAUAACCGUCGGCACUGCAUACAUGUCUAUACCUGGGGCGCCAGUAAAAGAGUUGAUGAAAGAUAUGAUGGAUAUGAGCCGCGGUGUUCAACAUCCCAUUCGUGGUCUAUUUCUGCGUUACUACUUAUCUGGACAAGCUAGAGACUACCUACCCACCGGCGACGGCGACGGCCCCGAAGGCAAUCUCCAGGAUUCGAUCAACUUUAUCCUAACAAACUUUGUCGAAAUGAACAAGCUCUGGGUACGGCUACAGCAUCAAGGCCAUUCGCGAGAGCGCGAGCAGAGGACCAAGGAACGCAAAGAGCUACAACUCCUCGUAGGUAGCAAUAUCGUACGGCUAAGCCAAUUAGUGGAUCUCGAGGCCUACCAAGACGGUAUCCUAGGCCCCUUACUUGAGCAGGUGGUGCAAUGUCGCGACGUCCUAGCCCAAGAGUAUCUCUUGGAGAUAAUCACUCAAGUUUUCCCGGACGAGUUCCAUCUACACACUCUCGACCAAUUCCUUGCGGCAGUAUCACGGCUGAACCCCCACGUCAAUGUCAAGGCUAUCGUCAUUGGCUUGAUGGACAGGCUAUCUGCCUAUGCCGAGCGGGAAUCACAGGAAGAGGUUGCAGAAGACAGAGCAAAGCUGGAAGAAGAUGCGUUAGCAAGCCUUUUAGAAAAGGUUCGGUUAAGCAAGGAACAGCAGGAGGCGAAACCAAGUGCAGAUGACGUAUCCGCGGAUGCAAAUGGGGAUCAUGCCAAUGGCGAGGCUACCAAUUUUGCUGAACCUCACGCACCGGCUGACUCCGAACCGGCACCAUCAGUCGCGGAUACAGAGGCGACAGCGGUUGAGAAGGAGACCGACGGGUCUUCUCAGGCCACUAAGAAGCAGCGUGGAAUCCCUCCCAACGUUAAGCUGUACGAGGUUUUCUUCGAGCAGGUCAAUAAUCUUGUCAAUGCGCAACACCUACCUAUCCAGGAUACGAUUGCCUUGUUAGUCUCUCUUGCUAAUCUCGCAUUGAACAUAUAUCCCGGCCGACUUGACUACGUCGAUCAGAUUCUUGACUAUGCGAAUCAGAAGGUCAAGGAGCAUGCUAAUAGUGCUGAUCUUCACUCCGUCCCGGCGCAGCAGAGCCUACUUGGACUGCUACAAGCUCCACUCAAGAGAUAUGUAUCUAUCUUCACAGCACUUUCUCUUCCUACCUAUGUGCCUCUCUUCCAGUCUCAAACUUAUCCUACAAGGAGGGCUGUCGCCGGUGAAGUUGCGAGAACUCUAUUGCGUAACCAAACCAUGAUAUCUACUACUACCCAGCUCGAGAACGUCCUCGAGAUCUUGAAGGUCUUAAUUAAAGAAGGAUCUCAACCUCCGGCAGGAUAUCCUGGGGGCCCCCAACGGAGAGCUCUCGAGACUGACGAAACGAUGGAAGAGCAAGGUUGGUUGGCCCGAAUCAUCCACUUGCUCGACGGCGAAAAUAACGAUACCCAAUUUCGCCUUCUUCAAAUGGUCCGUAAGGCGUUUGCUGAAGGAAAUGAGAGGAUUCGUACGACCACCCCACCUCUCAUCACCGCAGGCAUGAAGCUGGCACGCCGCUUCAAGGCUAGAGAACACUACGACGAUAACUGGGAAACGCAAUUAAGUGCCCUCUACAAAUUCUUGCACUCCGCAAUCUCAAGUAUUUAUACAAGAGUCAACGGGUCAGGUGCUGCCGAACUCUCCCUACGAUUGUUCUGCGCUUGUGGUCAAACCGCCGACAUGACCAGCUUCGAAGAGGUUUCGUACGAAUUCUUUGCACAGGCGUUUACGGUGUAUGAGGAGGCGAUCUCCGACUCGAAGGCGCAGUUUCAGGCAGUAUGUGUCAUCGCCAACGCUUUGCAUCAGACGAGGAAUUUCGGCAAAGAGAACUACGAUACCCUUAUCACGAAGUGCGCCCUGCAUGGAAGUAAGCUUCUGCGAAAGCCAGAUCAGUGCAGAGCUGUAUAUCUAGCAAGUCACCUUUGGUGGGCAACGCCGAUUGCUGCCGUGGAAGAAUCGGAUGAAGGUCUCUAUCGGGACGGAAAACGAGUCUUAGAAUGCCUGCAGCGAGCUCUACGUGUUGCGGACUCCUGUAUGGAGCAGGCAACGUCAAUCGAAUUAUUUGUUGAAAUCCUGGAUCGCUAUGUCUAUUAUUUUGACCAGCAGAAUGAAUCAGUCACUACUAAAUACAUCAAUGGUCUUAUUGAGCUCAUCCACUCAAACUUAGCAACAAACCAGCAGGACUCUGCCAGCAUAGAGAGCAGCAAACGGCAUUUCAAGCACACACUAGACAAUAUCGCCUCUAGACAGUACGAAGGGGUUGUUCUCCAGCCGCCGCAAAAAUAACCAAACUUCUUCGAAGCUGUGUGUCGUAAUGCUUUCAAAUCACACGAUCGCGGCAUGUACGAGUUGCCCUGAUGAUAUUAUACCAAGGAUAAGGAGCCUGCGUGUUUACGAGAAAGGGGACAGUGACCGUGGCCACCGGUUUAGUUAUAGAUUACCGUGUACAUAUGUAUAUUCUUGACGAUUUGAAGGGAUGCGCUUGGCUUCUUGUAGGAGUCUCGGCGUCCUUGCGUCCUUUUUGAGAGUUCCUUUUUAGUUAGUGCCGAUGGUCGCCCAACCCCUCUUGUACCAGUUCGUAGAGAAGCCGGAUUCGCAGAUACGAAGGUCUUCUUGACUAUCAUAGGCGAUGCAGAUGCAGAAUGCAUUUCUACAUAUUAAUUCCAUCCAUCCGAUAUCCGUUGGUUUUGAUAAUGUCUAGGCAACUGGUUAUGUAUAUCGCUUAGAAAGGUACGAUUUAACACGUAUCAAAGUAUCUAGAACUGGAAGUCAUAAGUACCUGCCUCUUAUA